AAGAAGAACUCGGUAAAACAUCAGCCCAGGCUGCGAGUUGUCAUACAAUAAGUGAGUCAGAUAGUCGGAAGAGACAAAGCGAAAAACUAUCAGUUGCUGAUACGAUUUCACAGGGAGAGAAAUACUUGAUAUUACGUUCUUCUUUCUUUUUUAUUUUUGCCGAAAAACAUUCUUGAUUCUAACAUGAGAGUCAGUUCAGUAAGGGCUCUGCUAGUGGUGGGGCUGGUGGGUGUGGCCCUCAUCACAACAGCCACUGCUGCUGCUAACGAAGACCUCAUCCACAGCCUGCCUGGUCUGAAGAAGCAACCCAUGUUUCAACAAUACUCAGGGUACUUAGAUGGCAUUGAUGGCCGUCACCUUCAUUAUUGGUUAGUGGAAUCUCAGCAGAACCCCAAAACUGACCCCUUGGUUUUGUGGAUGAAUGGAGGUCCAGGGUGUAGCUCAUUGCUGGCUGUGCUGACUGAACAUGGGCCCUACGUUAUUCAAGAUGACACUUCUUUAGAAUAUAAUCCUCACAGCUGGAACAAGAUUGCAAACGUCCUGUAUCUGGAGGCCCCAGCAGGAGUUGGUUUCUCUUAUAAAGAUGACAAGAAUUACACCACAGAUGAUGACUUGACUUCUCUGAACAAUCUUGCUGCCAUCAAAAGUUUCUUCAAGAAAUUCCCAGAGUAUAACGGUCGGGAGUUUUUCGUCACAGGUGAAAGCUAUGGUGGUAUCUAUGUCCCUACGCUCUCUGAACGUCUUCUUGGUGAGCCCAGCAUCAACUUCCAGGGUUUUGCUGUUGGCAAUGGAAUGAGUGAUUACAGAAUCAACGCUGCUUCAAUUUUGUAUUUCGGAUAUUACCACGGCCUUUAUGGCUCAAAGCUCUACGCGAACCUUCUGUCGUCUUGCUGCGGAUCCAACACCACUGUUUGUUACAUUUCCAAAACUCCAAGCGCUCAAUGUGGUUUCUAUGCAGGAAAAGCCCUUAAUUUGAUUUAUGCCUCUGAUCUCAACAUGUACAAUUUGUAUGCUAAAUGCGAAAAAACUGAAAUACCCGGAGGCUUCCAACAAUACCACGACAUGGGGAAUUCCUUCCGCAAUUUCCCACAGUUUAUCAAAGAACGGCAGGAACUGCGUAUGAAGGACCCAAAAAGCCUGAAACUUGUGCCCCCUUGCAUUAAUGGUACUGCCAGUUUGGUCUACUUCAGUCGUGCUGAUGUCCGCAAAGCUUUGAAUAUUCCAACAAGUGUAGCAAGCUGGGACCUUUGCAGCAAUGUAGUCAGCGAACACUACAAACGAACUUACCGAACCAUGUAUUUACAAUACCUGAAGGUCUUUGCGGCAAAGAAGAGAAUCUUGUUAUACAACGGUGAUGUGGAUAUGGCCUGCAAUUUCCUUGGAGAUGAAUGGUUCCUCAACUCCUUAAAACUAACACUCGUUACCCCAAGAAAGGCUUGGCACUACACCAGCGACGAUGGGUCCCAGCAAGUUGCCGGAUAUGUCAAACAGUUUCAGAAUGUCACAUUUGUGACAGUUAGGGGAGCUGGUCACAUGGUACCAACAGAUAAACCAAUUCCAGCAUUUCUACUCUUCUCGCAUUUCAUCAACAACAAACCAUUUUAAAAUAUGUAUGAAUAACGAUAUAUCUUUCUCUUUUGAAGCUUUUAAAUACCAAAAUUGUGUGUGAAUGCGUGUAAAUGACUCGUAUAUGUAUUGUUAUAUAUAUAUAUGUGUGUGUGUGUGUGUGUGUGCUGACAUCAUAAGAAUUUUAAAACUUUCAAGACAAUACGAGAUAAUUCUUUUUUGGGAAUUGUCAAAAGUUAUAAAUAUUACCAUCCAAAUAUUCAACAUCCUCCAUCCAAAAGGCUUUCUCAAUCCAAUAUUUAUAUCUUUAUGUGCUUCGAGAUCCAGUUCCAAAGAAGGAUUUCAUAUAUAUAU